AUGUUGUCUUUUUGGUCAAACUCGAAUCAAAGCAAGGCCCAACCGGCCCAGCCGACCGCAGCCCCAGGGACCUCGGUCGACAAAAAUGGUGCCAUCACCCAUCAUCUUCCUGGCGUCUUUGUCCCAAACUGCCAGGAUGGAACCGUCAUCUUUCCGACAACCAGGCGAAAGCCUUCUGGAAAGAAACGCACCGUCAUUCCACCUCCGCCAACGUCCAUUACAAACUGCACUUUGUUGAGCGACGGCGGCGUCGGUCAUGUUGCUUGGGCACCACCUGCAGCCCCUCCCAUUCGCCGACCCUCCAGAUGCUUGAGCGUCGAUGCCAAUGGCAAUGCCAUCCCCCCGGACUACGCUUCAAAGGCCGUCGGGGAAAAUCUCGACGCUGGAACCCUGGCGAAUAAUCCUGCACAAGGAGCGAAAGGCCCUGGUCUCCAGCCUCAAGCAUCCAAACUGUCAUCAAACGUCAACCGUGGCCAGACUCUGGAGCCGAGCUCGACAAGUAAACAAGUACGCAGCAAGUCAGCCGCCCCAAAGAUGCCAUCACCCAGCAAGCCAUCUACAACCAGCGGUGGAGGCUCCGUAAGCAGCUCUAAGCGGCCAGGGUUGAAGGCGCGUGGCAAGUCGCAUUUAUCCAUGCAUGACAUUGUGCGCAAAGUGCGAAACCACCUUUCAAGCAACUCCCGACGUCAGACGGGAUCGUCCGAAGCCUCCCCGCAACCUGCACCCACUGCACAAAAGAAAGCUGCCGACGACAUCAAAACAGCUUCUACAUGCCGCCGUGGCUCCUGUCAGUACGUCUUGAACGACGGCGAAAUCCAAGAUGUCGUCGAAAUCGUUGUCCACGAGAUGUGCAAGCAUGGCGUUGGUCCCGUCGACAAAGAUCAGGGUGCUACUUUGCAGCCAGGCGAGGAAGUUCCAAGACAGGUUGUCCGAAAGCCCAGCUGCCUCAUGAAUGCCCUUGGACCACAAGUCUCCGACGUGGCGGAACCGGCGACCACCAUAAGCUUGCCCGAAACCGCCUUCUUCGCCCGCAGUCAAUCUGACGGUCAAAUACGCGCCAGGAUUAGGUCAUCUAAAGUAUCCCUGACCACCAUCCUAUCCAAAGACAAUGUCACCGAUAUCCGAUGGGCAGCCGACGACACAAAGCCCGAGAACGAAUCUCAAGGAGACACCAAACAUGGACCGACAGAAAAGUCAGGCGGCGAAUCGUCCGCCGAGGCCGGCAGUGCAGCAAAAUUCAACAUCGAAGGUGAUCAAGACCAACCGAACGGUACCAAAGCGGCAGCACAGACAAGCGAGAACGCCAAGAAUGAUAAGGCUGGAGAUGUCCCCGGUACCGCCGAGACUCCCGCAGCUGGACCGCGACUUCACGAGAUUUCUGACUGCGACAUGGAUGACUUAAGUGAUUACGCCAUCGACAAUCAGCCAACACCCAAUCUUCCUUCUGCAGACGAUUCAACCACAAAGCAUGUUGACACCAAGGGCUCAGACGCUAUCAGUCAGGAGCUCGACAAAAGCGGUACCGAGGCCAAAACGCCAGACGCGGUGGAAAUCAAGCUGGAUUCCCAAGAAGCAUCGCCUGGAGCAGACCAAGCUGGCGAGUCCCCCUUGAAAAAAAGCGGUCCUGACGAUGCUGGACGUGGAGGUCUGAAGCAGGCGUCCAACCGCGAUGAUUCUAUUACCAAGGAGGUUGAUCCAAGCCCCCACGAAGUUGAUCUCGCCUCUGCCGGUCCUGAUCCUAACAAACUUGACGCCAAAGAGGACGGCCUGAAGGUUCCCGAUGCUGAUCAAGGGGACCCACACCAAUUGGAAGUUUCAACAUCAGAUGAUAAGCCGGCAGAAUCCAAGACUUUGAAAUCGAGGUUUUUAGAGACGUUCCUGAAGCCAUCAAAUGACUCUGCCGCCGAUGGCGCCUCCGGACAUUCGGAGAUCCUUAGGGAGGCGAGCCUGCAGAAGGAGAAUAGGAAAUCAUCCAUCGAUAAUGGCCUUGGUGAUCAGCAGAAUGUCACUUCAUAUCCUACGUUGAGUAAACGCCGUAGCACGCAUGCUAGGCAAAGUACUCCGUAUGGCGCUAUUCCCGAAGAGCAAGAAACGGAUGACAUGUACCACCUUGGCGUCGACGCCAGGCCGGGCGGUGCGGUGCCCGCGACUGACAGUAACGUUUCACGACCAGAUGCGACAGCGAGGUACAACUUUGGUCUGUUCAAUCGGAGUGUAUUCGGAGAAGGCACUUACGACGCCACAUUGAAGCCUGGUCGUCGAGUAUCUGAAGCUUCCAUAGUGGCCGUCGGAGCUGCUGCUCCCCGCUCGAUGGACAAGGUCCUCUACAGGUCUCGCUCCGCUCAUUUUGCCGAUACUCCGCCCGAAACACCUGUCAUGCGGGCGCCGGCUCCGUCCCUUGAAAGUACCGCAAUUUCGAGGAAAGCUUCCGAGAGCCACGUCCCAGGCGAUCCGAGUGAAGGGGACGAGGCGGAUACGGCCGGAUACAUAUCUGAGCCCGAGCCCUCUUCCGUUUAA